UUUCCUGUCUUCUUGCAUUGACUGAGUACACAUUCGUAAGAUUCUGUGAUCAGAUUUGGUGAUAUAAAGAGCGAGACAUGUACCUGAGAGUCCUGUUUGGGAAGAUGCAUCUGCUCUGUGCUUUACUGGCUGUGCUCUCUCUUUGUGAGGGAGCCAGUCUUCGCUGUCCUGGAAGAUGCAGCUGUGACUCUAUGCAGUCGGUACAAUGCUACAGACUAACGGAGGUGCCGUCAGCCAUUCCUCCCAGCACCAAGAGGCUCUACAUCAGUCACAGCAAGAUUGAGCACCUCCAGCUAUCGAACUUCACUGAGAUGCUGGCUAUCGAAGACUUUAUUUUGCUGGCCAGUGGAACAGAGUCAGUAGAAAAUGGAACCUUCAAAAUUCUGAAUACACUGAAGAGCUUAGAACUCUGGAAAAAUAAGUUACAACGGGUCCCCAGUGCUCUCCCAGCCACACUUGAAGUGUUAAAACUAAAUGACAAUUCCAUAAAUGUCCUACAUGCAUCAGAUUUUGAAGGGCUAAAGAAAUUGAGAAUCCUUGAACUAAAAAACAACCUGCUCUCCUCCCUCUCCCCCAGCGCGCUAGCCUCGCUGGUCAGUUUGCAGAGCUUGAUGGUGGACAGCAACCAUGUGCAGUCUGUGGCUGGACCCUUGCCACUGCCCCACCUGAGACAACUAAGCCUGGAAAACAAUCAACUGCAUCUCAUCCCAAACAACUUUUUCACAUCCCUGCAGAGACUGCAGUAUCUCAGUUUCAGUGGUAAUUUCCUCGCUAGAAUUCCUGUCAACCUACCCAAAUCUUUGCGAUUGUUGAAGAUGGAGAGAAACCAGCUCAAAGUAGUCAGGUUUCAGGAUUUGAAACAGUUAGGGAACCUUUUCCAUCUUUACCUCUCAGAAAACUCACUCUCUUCCGUCAAUGGGGCACAGCUCCUUGCUAAUUUAAUUACUCUUGAGUUGUACCAAAACCAGCUUCAAAUGUUGCCCUUCGGGCUGCCAGCAAGCCUACAAAAACUUGAUUGCAGCAAUAAUCUGAUUCAGAAAGUCAGAGCCCAAGACUUCCAGGACCUGCGCGACCUGAAACACUUGUUUCUGGACAACAACGUUGUCAGUGUGUUUGAAUCUGGAGCGCUUCAGGGAUGCUCCCGGCUCUCCAGCCUCGCCCUGGAGCAGAACCUGCUGCUGUCCAUUCCUCUGAGGCUCCCGGGGACCUUAGCCAGGCUGGACCUAAAAGGCAAUGCCAUCCAGGAUAUUGCUGAGCCAGAGCUCAGGGAUCUCAAGCUCCUUCAAGUACUAAACCUGAGAAACAAUAAGAUCUCCGCCCUAGACCACAAAGCAUUGGAGAGUCUGCCUCGCCUCAGGCACCUGUACCUGGAUGGAAAUCCUUGGAAUUGCACCUGCAGUCUCCUAAGAGCCAGGGAGGUCCUGAAGGCCAAGGGCACAGAUGUGAGGGGAGGACAGUGCGUGGCCCCAGCUGAACGACAAGGGGAGAGCUGGAUGUCAUCUGUCAGAAUCAUGAGGGAAUGUGAGUCUUACUUACACCUGGCAGAGAAAGGCCAAGGCGGCAGAGAGGAACCGAAAGCUGAAGACCCCUCCAGCAUCAUAAUCAACAUAGAUGACGAUGAUGAAGAUUAUGAAAUCGAUUAA